AUGUCUUUGGUGCCGUAUUGGUUGCGUCAUCUGAGGAAUUUGGCAUACAGGGACCCUUUCACGAGGGUUUUGGAAGAUCCCUUCACCGUGUUCGCCAAGGACCCGUUUUUCCGCGACCCCCUGAAGUACAUGAAGCAAGUGACGGCUCCUUUGCAAGAUCACCAUGGAAUCGAAGGUGUGUACUCGGAUUCCGAAGUGAAAGUCGACGGGAAGAAAGUGGAAGUGCAUUUGGAUGUUCAGAACUUCAGCCCGGAACAGAUCCAGGUGAAGACAGUUGGAAAUGAGAUAACGAUUGAAGGGAAGAAGGAGGUGAAAAGGGAAGAUGGUUGGACGAGGAGUCACUUCGAAAGAAGGUUUUUGCUACCCGAAGGUUUUCCUCCGGAACGCGUGGAGUGUCACUUGGACAAGGGGAAAUUGAAGCUGGUCGCGUUCAGGUCAGAACCAUUGGCAGAGAGGACCAUUCCCAUCCAGGAUAUCUCAGCUGAGAAAGAGUCGUUAUCUGAGAAGGAUAAGUCAACCGCCUUCAAGUCAGAACCAUUGGCAGAGAAGACCAUUCCCGUCCAGGAUAUCGCACCUGAGAAAGAGUCGUCAUCUGAGAAGGCUAUUAAUGUCCCCACUGCUGCGGCACAGGCCUUCACUAUGGAUGGAAUAGGGAGAUUGGGCCUAACUACUUUUUAUGGGCCUUUCCUUCUGAUGCCGGACAAAGUCCGGACACAAGGCAAAAAGUUGGUAACCCGGACCCUGAGCCAAUCCGCGAAUGACCCCCUGGAUCCUUACUCACCGACAUAUAUACAACACCACCAAAAGUUAGUGUUAGUUUAGCUGGGACCUAAAGAUCAAGGUAA